AGUGGUUAGAAUCGUUGUUCCAUUUUAAGCUACGUAGGUUAAGAUCGAGGGAGGAAUUAUUAUUACAUUUUUUUAAAAUUUCUUUAUUUUUGUUGAAAGUAGCCAAUGGCUUCUAAUGGACCAGCUUCAGGUUUGGAGUAUGACAGAGACCUUCAAAACGUUCUACAUGAUGUUCCAUCCAUGAAUGAAAGCAAUGAUGUAGUCCAUGGAGGUACACCUUCUCAUUCAAAAAGUGCCAGUAACAGUGAUAAUAAAUUUCAACCAUCUGUUGGUUCUGGAUCUCACAGAACAGUGAUUCCUCCUACAUCUCUUCCAGCCAGUGGUCAGUGGAAUCCUCCAAUGCCUCCAGCAAAUACAAAUGUGCCAUUGUCGAGUCCUAGUCCCUCCCAGAAUGGAGAAGACUCAAGAUCUCAAGUGACAAGACCUCCUCAGUCAAAGAUAGACACACUCAAACAAUGGAGCAUUUCAACCUACAAGUGUACCCGACAGAUUAUUUCAGAAAAACUAGGGAAAGGCAGCAGAACAGUGGACUCAGAGUUAGAAUGUCAGAUUGAACAGCUUCGAGAGACACAGAGGAAGUAUGCCAACAUUCUUCGGUUGGCUCGGGCUCUGGCCAGCCACUUCUAUCAUGUAGUACAGACACAGCAUGCUCUUGCUGAGUCUUUCUCUGACCUAGCUCACAAGUCCCCAGAACUGCAGGAAGAAUUCCUUUAUAACUCUGAAACACAGAGAAAUUUGGGAAAGAAUGGAGAAACACUCUUAGGAGCUUUGAAUUUCUUUGUUUCAUGCCUCAAUACACUGUGUAAUAAGACUAUAGAGGACACUCUUCUGACUGUCAAGCUAUAUGAAAAUGCAAGAUUAGAAUUUGAUGCCUAUAGAAGUGAUUUAGAAGAACUGAUGCAGGGAACUCGAGGGGAUGCAAUGUCCUCCAAGUUGGAUGAAGCAAGAAAAAACUACACAACAUAUAAAGAAAAGUAUGAGAAACUUAGAUCUGAUGUUGCUGUAAAGAUGAAGUUCUUGGAAGAAAAUAAGGUGAAAGUCAUGCACAAACAAUUGCUGCUGUUUCAUAAUGCUGUUUCUGCUUAUUUCUCUGGAAAUCAAAGUAUGCUAGAGUCCACUUUGAAACAGUUCAACAUCAAGAUGAAAAACCCUAAUUCGUCCAGCCAGUCAUGGCUAGAACAGUAAAAUCGGAGAACUGAGACUAAUGUAGACUGGGCACUCUUCAUUCCGCUGUCUUGAUUUCCUAGGUACUGAACUGUAAUGACUUUUCUUGUGAUGGUAUAUUUAAAUUUGUUUACAUUCUCUUCAGCCACGGACCUGAUGUUAUUUCUGUUGUUGUAUAGCAGGAAAGAGAGAGUCGGUCUUGAGAUCGUGUCUGAACAGUAAGGGAGGUUUUGUUGACAUUAAGGCCUUGAAAUUGGAAGCACUAUUUUAAUGUAUUUUCUACCACCCUUCAAAGCUGGAAAAAUGUGUAUAUUUGAUAACCUUAGUUGUUCUAAUGUUUAGUAAGUGCAGAAAAAUUAAUUUGAAAGUUAUUAAUUUCUCCUGUUUGCAAAGUUGAGGAUGGAGUUUAGUUUACAGACUCACUCGUAUUCCAAGGAUAAAACUUGGAUGUUUUCAGAAUAUUUAUUCAGCAUAUUUUAUAAUAUUAUUUCUAUUUGUUUGAGAAUUUGAGAAGUAAUAACAAUUAGUUGUAAACCAGAAACUUUAAAAUUUGAUGUCUCUCGUAUUUUUUGGUAGUUUCUACCAUGUAAGGGUAAAUACUGUUAUACUUAGCUGUACAUCUGGGUUUGUAGGACUAAGGGAAUGACUGUGCUUAUGAUUGUUAGAAUCAAAUUAAUGUCAGAGGUUUAGGGUUUUUAAUUAUAUACUGAUUUUCUUAUAUUGCAUCUGUUGCUAUUAACAGUGAGAAGAAGUAAGUAUGUUUCCUUUUUUUUUGCAGAUGUUAGAGCUUAAUAUAGGAUUCUUCAAACAAACCAGUAUAAUCAUACAUGCUGUUAUUGUUCAAACAGUGCUUUCUAUAGCUAUAGGUACUUAGAAAUUGAUACCUGUCACUUUACCCCAGAGUCUGAAGUUUGUUUUCAGUUGAAGGGUUAUAAAAUAGCCACAGUAAAUUACUAUGGCUUACAUUAUAUGAGAAACAACUACAGUAUAUUACUGUGACCUACAGUAUAAGAAAACAGCUACAUUUGAUUAUUGUGACACACCAUAUUAGAAAACAGCUGCAAUGUAUUACUGUGACAUGUGUAUAAGAAAACAGCUACAUUUGAUUAUUGUGACACACCAUAUUAGAAAACAGCUGCAAUGUAUUACUAUGACAUGUAUAUAAGAAAACAGCUACAUUUGAUUAUUGUGACACACCAUAUUAGAAAACAGCUGCAAUGUAUUACUAUAACAUGUGUAUAAGAAAACAGCUACAUUUGAUUAUUGUGACACACCAUAUUAGAAAACAGCUGCAAUGUAUUACUAUGACAUGUGUGUAUAAGAAAACAGCUACAUUUGAUUAUUGUGACACACCAUAUUAGAAAACAGUGUGAUGUAUUACUGUGACAUACAGUAUACAAAAACAGCUACAUUUGAUUAUUGUGACACACCAUAUUAGAAAACAGCUGCAAUGUAUUACUAUGACAUGUGUAUAAGAAAACAGCUACAUUUGAUUAUUGUGACACACCAUAUUAGAAAACAGUGUGAUGUAUUAUUGUGACAUAUUGUUUAAGAAAACAGCUACAGUGUAUUUGUGUGAUAUACUUUAUAAUGAAACAGCUAUUGUGACAUAUAGUGUGGCAUGUACUGUAUGAUGUAUCAUCUAUCACAGGUAUGUUUGCUAUUUAAAAUGUAAAGUAACUUUGUAAGUGAUUGGAAAUACUACAACACAAAGAACCAAAUUUAGAAGGAAGAGAGAAAUAAGUAGCUCUUUAAAAAUAUUGAAAACUUAGGAAGAUAAUCAAAAUUAAUUCAAUUACAUCUGGAUGAAUCCUGGUUCCAAUUAGAUUUUCCCAGUUAUCUUUAUAUUUGAGGCUUUUUUUAGUGAUAUUUAUAAAAAUAGAAGUGAAGUCAAUAAAUCCUUUUAAGUGUAUUCAAAUUUAUUGACUCUUGUUUAAGUCUUUAAAUGUAAAUUUAUAUUCUUUAUAAAAGUUGUUUACUAGAAUUUGCCAUUAUAUUUUUGAUCAUAUAAAAUAUGCUUCAUAUAUUUCUUGUAAACAAGUUGUGGUGUAUUUGUCCUUCUAUUUAGACUGGGACAACUGAUAUUAAGUAAUAAAUAUUCAAGGUAAGUUAAUUAGCCUUUUUUUAAUACAUUCCUCAAUUUGCACAUGUACAUAAUGCUUCUGUUUUUAGUUAUAAUUAGGAUAAUUUCUGUUUGUGUAUAAGAAUUACUAUUGGGUUUUUUUUCCCUAAUAAUCAGAACUUCAUGUGAGUAAUACCACAAGAAUGAGGAAUUUCAUAUAUAAUGUGUUAAAACUGCUGACAUUGUUAGAGUAAAUUGGAUUUGAUGGUACCAUUCCACUUACUAAAGUUAACAGUAUUCCUGUUAUUACGGUUAGAUCCAUUUUAUUACUUUGAUUAUACAGGAAUCAUUAUAUUUUAUUUUCUCCCGUAUUACUAAUGCUAGUCCAAAAGUUUAUGCAUGCAGCAGGUUAUGAAUGGAUUUGUAACCUAGUGAAUAUAUAUUUAUAUGUGUGUGUGUAUAUAUAGACACACACACACACACACGUAUAUAUAACAAUCUUUUAAACCACUAGCUAGAAUGAGCUCUUUAAAUUAGUCAGUCAGAUUUUGAUGUUUACAUCUAGUUUUAUUACAUCAUAUUAUUAAACCAGUGAUGUGCUGUAUUACAGUUUUGAUGCUUAUUUUUUCAGAAACAUUUAGAAAUGUAAACUGUCUUAAGAGUUUCAUUUGACCAUGAAGUACGUGUAUAAAUCUAGUCAACAUUUUGUGAUUUACUAACCUUGCAGAAUUUAUAUUCACACUUUAUUAGGCCUACUUUAUGUUACUGGUCCUAUUUUUGUUGUUUGUUUAUUAUCCCUAUGUUUGUGUUAGUGAUGUUAUAGUGCAUAAAGAGACCUCUCAUUCCAGGAUAAAUGGUUUUUUAUUAUCAGUUUGUUAAUAUAAAGCCAAAAUGAAUUUGAAAGGAUCUUUUAUCACAAAAAAUUGCAUUAAUUGUGUAAAGCUACUGUGCUACAUUGCUAAUUAAGAAUGUUUUAGAAGUUCAGUUGUUUCUUUUUUAUAUACAUACAUGACUAAUUACAUGAGAACUAUUGUAUGAUUGAUUGUUUUUAUGACACAUGAACAAUGAUGGUAAUGUUUUUUGUUUCCUUUAAAAAUAUAGAUGUUAAAAGAUUUUGUUACUGAGCAUAAACAACUAAUGUAAAAAUGGUUAAAAUCACUGUAAUGUAAAUUAAACAGUCAAGGUUAUUUCAAUGCAUUUACCUGUUUUUUCUCCUUUCAGUAAUUUUAUUUUGUGUUAUUGAGCUUAUUUUAAAAUAUUUUCAGUUCAUAGGACUUUUAGGUAUCUUGAAUUGUUUUUAUCUAGAUAUGUUGUAAGAUGCAGUUAUGUUCAUGUAAAUCUGUCAAAACUGUGCUGAGAAAAAUGCCCAUCCACACACUAGUUGAAGUGGUAAUGUUAUGAUAAUGUUGAUGGUUUUAGAUUGUAAUAUUCAAAUGUUUAUUUUCAGUUUUUCUUCAGUAUACUGAGAAAUAAAGCUCUUGACAAAGCCAUAAUGUUCUAACAUUCAUACCACAUUUAUGUAAACUUGAGUUUGAAUUUGUACAUCACUUACAUAAUAAUGAGAGAAUGUUGAUAGGUAUAUUUCUUGAUUAGUUACUCUUCAGGGUUAAUAUCCUAUCAGCUCACAAGUUUUUGGGAAAAAGUGUUUUUACAUUUAAUAUUGGAAUCAAGAUAUAACAUUAGGAGUGGUGCUAUUAAUAGAAAAAAAUAUUUUUGUUUAAAACUAAUUUAAACUUACAUAUUCCAUAUUAUUGUUUUUGUUCUAAUUGUAGCUUCUUCCUGCUUUAUGAUAUUGGAGUUGUGGUAGAGAAUACAUUCCCUUCUUUCAUGCUUUUUAGUAAUGUAGUAAAGAUUUUGGGAAAUGACAUCUCUGAUGGAAUAUGUUAUUGUGUAUUUUAGGUUGCUAUAGUAACAAGUGUGGAAUAAAAUCAUAAAAUCGAUAUUUUGUUGUGAGACAUGGCUUACAUACACAACUUCAAAGUUGUUUUUACAGUGUUAUUUAGACGUGUUAAUUUAUAUGAUGUAAUUAUGUAGCUUGAUGCUGAAAAUAUAAUUUCUCUACAUUGUUAAAACUCUGAGUUGAAUCAAUGGUUUUAAAAGCUCAUUUUAGGCUUUAGAUAUGCUAUCAUCCAAUUACUAGCAGGUAUCACCUUGUUUGAUAUUUUUGAAGAAUAAAUCAUUGUUGAAAUUGUUAUUUAGAUCUUUCAAAUCAGGUCAUCUUUUUACCUCUGAAAUAGUUUAAGCCUUUCCUUGUUGAGGUUGAGUUUAUUCUCAAGCUGUCAACAAACAUGUAACCCAAAAUUCUGAAUCCAUCUUAUUCAUUACAGAACAUGCAUCAGAUACCCAUAAUUUUCACCCUCCUACCUUCUACAUGACUUAUUUUACAUAUGUUAGAAGAACUGACAUAAGCCCUGCUUUCCCAUCAUAAUUCAGAUAGAAACUCUUCUGCAUCAAUUGAUGAUUUAAUUCUGCAGUUUUCCCCUGCCAUUUGCGGAGUUCCUAUAGCUGCAUUGUCAGCCUCUAAUGCCAAGUCUCCUGUCAGGACUUCAUGGAUGCUAGUUUGAUGGUCAUGAAUUUCUUUCUUUACUCCAAGAAAAAGUUGGUUCUUUCACACAGGCUUUUUCACCUUUGAGGAGCAGGAUUUACCAUUCAGCUUUAGUCUUCAGGAGCAAAUGAAUGACUUGCAUGAUUCUCUUUAUCUAGCAUUUACUGACUUGGCCUCAUUUACCAAUGGGCUUACUUGCUUGUUCUCAUUUAUUACCUAGUGGUAUUUUAUAAAAGAUUCACACGUACCCCAGUAUUUAUGGUAGCCUCUAAAGGGUUGUUUCUUGCACCAUUUUAUUUUUGUCAGUAUUUCUCCUAAAUUAUUUUCUUAAUCUGUAGAAGCUCAUCAUUAGAAGCUGAUUAUGGCUCUGGCAUAGCUAUUUCAGUUUUUCAUCCUACUUUUUGAUAUCCAGUUAAUAUUUGUUAUCCUCCUUCUUACACUGCUACUUCUCAGCUUUAUACUUAUGCUUCUUCUCAUUAUUUUUUUUCCUUUUGAGUUGAAAAAUGCAAAAGUAAAUGGGGUGAGCUUUCUUGACUUAGACAUUUCCAAAUGACUCUUCCUCUUAGUCUUUUGGGGGUCACCUGGUGUCCUUUGUUCAUCAGAUUCUUCAAUCUGGAUUUUCUGUCCAAUUUCAUCAUUCUCCUGCACUUUUGACUUCUAAUUUCUUUUCCUUUUCUGUCUGAUCCAAUUUGUAUUCAAAAUUCAGAUAAUGAAGUUCCAAACAUUUGACAGAAAGAUGUUAUAGAAACAGUAUAUUUUCCCAUGUUUUUACUCGUUUUUUUUGUAGUGCCAAAAAAGUCAUAAGAUUGGAGACCAGUGAUUGAUCUUUGUCAUUUCAGUCAUUAUCUGGACAUUCUUUAUUUUAAGAUGGAAACCAUGGAAAUUCUUUCAUCAGUUUUUGGAUGACAAAAGUGGAUAUCAAAUAUUCUUACCGAAAUGUCCCAAUUCAUUUCUUUUUGACAUUUGUUUCUCUUUACUGGUACCAUUAGGGAGUGGCUUAUCAGUUUACAGCCUUCUCUUUUGGUCUAGCUUCAAUACCUUACAUCUGCACACCUAUUAUCAAAACAUUUGUUGGUGUUCUAUGUACCUCCAGUAUGGAUUCUCAUCAUUAUACUGAUGAUUGGCUUAUUCUCACUCAGUCAUCACUACACUGAUUGACUCGCACUCAGUUAACCACCAAUUUAGAUGGGGUGCUUUACUAGGGGAUUAUAAUUUUCUAGGUGUCUGGUCUCCUCAGGAAUCACUUUCUCACAUCAAUGUUUAGGAGCUUUUGGCAGUUGACUGUGUAUAUCAAGAGUCCCUACCCUUGUUAUACAAACACUGUACUGUAUUUACAUCGCACAGACAACUCUUCUGUUGUGAUAUAUAUCAAUAAUCAAGUUCAUACUCAUUCUGCACUUAUUUGGCUACAAUCACAUCAUGAAUAUCCCUGAGCUUGUCAUGUACCACAUGUUGUGAAUAUUAUUAUGGUUUGUUUUUUCAAAAAUUGUUGGCUUUCUUUAACAGAAAGGACCUCUCAGUAUUUCAAUGGUUGUACCAUUGGAUAAUUCAUCCUGUAAUUGAUGCAUUCACUACUGCAACCAAUCAUCAUCUUCCAUGUACUGGUCUACAGUUCUAGGUCCCACUUCACUAAUGGCAGCUGCUUUGAGCCAGUCUUGUGAAAAAAAUUUUCUCUGUGCUUUACCUCCUCUUUGUCUUCUUCCCUAGGUAUUGGCCAAGAUCAUUUUCUGGAAUUGUCAAAUUCUCCUUAUUGCUUCCCAUUAGCCUGUUCUACAGUGGUUUGCAUUACUAUGUUGUAUGUCUGAAGGGGAUACUACUCCAUUACCUUUUUGAAAAGAAAGUCAACUUCUUUUCUUGUGUUGUUCAAAUGCUGUCACACUUUUGCAAACAUUCAUCCAUGGCUGUAUGCUGAUCUCGUUGGUCUGUGUUCAAGAGUUGGUGCCUUCAAAAAUCUAUUUCUUCUCUUUCACCAACAAUUCCAACAGAUUGUCUCAUUUUUCCUAUACUUAUUCAAUUAUCGUGGCUUGUUUGCUUCUUCUGUUCGAUGAUGACUUUUUCUUACCAACCCUUCACAAAAGACAGUUGAAAUCAAGGUUUACCCAUAAGAAAAAAAUUGGAAUUCAUCUUGGUAUGGAUAUAAGUCUUAAUAUAGAAGAAAAUUUGUAAAAAACACCAUUAGUAAAGUAAUUCAUUUGGCCAGAACUUGGUAAAUCACGUUCAGAACAAAUGCUGUUUACAUAACGUUACAUAUAUGUUUGAUCAACAUUUCCUUCAAAUGUCACUUAAUAAAAACAAGUUUAGUAA